AAUGUCCACCUUAACAUCACAGGUGGUUGGCAGGAUCGCUUACCUCAGUUCUAAGACUCUGGUAUCUGUCUUGCCACCUUCUCACGAGCCAUCUUCCUUUAGUCAGACAUACGAUGUUUUACAAAGUGACACUGGCCUCUUCAACCACCCAAACAUUGCUACUUUGCACACUAGAGCUCAGCCGGUGGAUACCGCCUUCAGACAGUCCCUCAACGGUGCAAAUCCGGUCACAGUAACUGCAAAGGCUGACCCUACACUUAUCAACGAGAUCAUCACCUUGACCCAGGACUUGAAUAACGAACCUAUCAUUUUCAAUUUGUCUAUCGAACAAGCCGGCGACUUGUCAGACAUCCUCACUCUUCGUUCAUCUGGUCUUCCUAUUAUUUACUCCUCUACAGUCACUGAAGCACAUGACCACGCCCUCAUUGCUGCUAAAUUGGCUGUUCAGCUCAAUUCAUCUGUUAUCCACGUCUUUGAAGAUUCUCCGAUCGACGGAUUCAGCGAAAUUUCACAAGAAGAUCUCAAGAAUUUCCUUCAAAAUGAGAAGGCAGCACAGAACGGCGUACAUGCUAACGGUGUCGCUCAUCUGCCUUCAAACAAGUCUGCUAAGCAACUCGAUAAAUUUGAUGCUAUCGCCCUUCAGGCACUCAUUGCUACUCGUAGACCACAGCGCACAUCCUUCUAUACCGGUCCUUCAGAUCCAAAGACUAUCCUCAUUAUCUUCGGUUCCGCCUCAGCUGCCUUCCUUAACUUUGUUAACAAGGAUUCUGAGUUCGGUGUUCUUGCUCUCAGCACUUACCGUCCUUUGGAUUACCAACGCCUUCUUGAUCUUAUCCCAGCUUCAGUUGAGCGUGUCGCUGUUCUUGAACAAGUCACUAAGAAAGUUGAUCAAUUUGCACCGCUCUUCGUCGAUGUUAUCAGCGCGUUCAGCACUUCAGACAGAGAAUUACCAAAGCUUCUCUCUGGCGUCAUUGGAUCAGUCAGCCAGGACAAGAUUGGUUUGAUAGCCGAGUCUGUUCUCACGAACCUCAGCAAAGAUCAACCUGAACAUGGAAAACUCUACGGCAAGCUCUCAGAAACCGCUCAAGCUAACUACGAUGUUUACGUACCAAAACACGAAAAGUCGUACACUCAAUUAUUGGAACAAAUUUUCGGUGAAAACUUGGCUGUCGUCAACUCUCCAGAUCAAGUUCCAUCAGAAGGUAUUGAUAUCACCUCACCUGAAUUUGCCUUUGGUUCUACAGUCGCUAACCUCAGCAAGAGGGAGACAGUUAUCAAUGCAAUUUCAGAGUUGAUUGCUUCCAAGAACAGCGUAUCAGACGAGCUUCACGCAGCCUUCUCAAAAUGGCUUCUUAAGAAAGAUGACACGAAGACCAGCCAAGCUCUCGCCAACAAGGCAAUUGAGAUUCUCAAAAAUGAGAAACCAUCACAUCCAAAGGUUCCAUAUAUCUUGCAAAACACUGCUUUGCUUACUUCACAAUCCCGCUGGAUUAUUGGUUCCGAUGCUUGGUCACAUGAUGCAGGAUUUUCAGGUCUUCACCACGUUAUCUCUUCUGGCAAGAAUAUCAAUGUCCUCCUUAUUGACUCAUUGCCAUACCACCAAAGGAACGCACAAGAUCCAUCUAAGCGUAAGAAGGAUGUUGGUCUUUACGCAAUGAACUACGGCGAUGUUUACGUUGCUUCUGUUGCCGUUUACUCAUCAUACACCCAAGUUCUUCAAGCCCUCAUUGAAGCUGACAAAUAUGAUGGUCCAUCUAUCGUUCUUGCUUACUUGCCAUACACAUCAGAACAAUCAACACCACUUGAGAUGUUGAAGGACACUAAGGCCGCUGUUGAUGUCGGAUACUGGCCAUUGUACCGUUGGAACCCAGCCAAGGAAACCAAUGAAAUCUUCUCCCUUGACUCAGAGCGUAUUAAGUCAGAUUUGAAAGACUUCCUUGAUCGUCAAAACCAUUUAGCAAACUAUGUCCAAGCCAAGCCACAACUUGCACCACAACUCGUUGGCUCAGAAGGUCAAGGUUUGAAGGAUGCUCAAAAGAGAAAGGCUCAGCAAGCUUUGGACUCACUUCUUGGAAAUAUGGAUGGACCACCUCUCCUCAUCUUGUUCGCUUCUGACGGUGGUAAUGCUGAGAAAUUAGCUAAACGUAUUGGUGUCCGUGCCAAGCUUCGUGGUGUCGCAGCUAGAGCUCUGGCUAUGGAUGAUUUCCCAUUAGAAGACAUCAAGCUUGAGAAGAACGUUGUCUUUGUCACCUCAACCGCUGGUCAAGGUGAACCACCACAAAAUGGUAGAAACUUUUUCAAGACGACUGCCACUUUACUUGGUCAAGCUGAUGCAUCAAAGACUUUCAGUGAUGUCAAGUUUAGUGUAUUCGGUAUGGGUGACUCUCACUACUGGCCAAGAGCUGAAGACGCACACUUCUACAACCGUCCAGGUAAAGAUUUGGAUGAACGCUUUGAGAAGCUUGGUGGUAUCCGCUUCGCUGACCUUGGUUUAGGUGACGAUCAAGACCCAGAUGGACCACAAACUGGCUACAAGAUCUGGGAACCAAAGCUUUGGAAAGCCUUAGGCGUUGAUGAUGUUGAGGUUACUGAGAAGGAACCUGAACCUGUCACCAAUGAACACAUAAAGAUCGCAUCAAACUACUUACGUGGUACGAUUGAGCAAGGUCUUGCUGAUGAGUCUACUGGUGCUAUCGCUGAAGCUGAUACUCAAUUAACCAAAUUCCACGGUACAUACAUGCAAGAUGAUCGUGAUAUUAGAGAGGACAGAAAGAAUGAAGGUUUGGAACCAGCAUACAGUUUCAUGAUUAGAGUUCGUAUGCCAGCAGGUGUUUGUGAUGGUCCACAAUGGUUAGCAUUUGACAGAAUUGGUGAUGAGUAUGCCAACAAGUCAAUGAAAAUCACAACAAGACAAACAUUCCAAUUCCAUGGUGUCAUCAAGCGUAACUUGAAAGCAACUAUGCAAGCAAUUAACAAGACAACAUUGGAUACAAUUGCCGCAUGUGGUGAUGUUAACAGAAAUGUUCUCGCAUCAACGAACCCAACAUUUUCACACUUGCACGCAACUGUUCAUGAAGUAGCCAAGGGAUUAAGUGACCAUCUUUUACCACAAACAUCAGCAUACCGUGAAAUCUGGUUAGAUGGUAAGAAGGUAGCAGGUGAAUCUGUUGUUGAUCAUGAACCACUCUAUGGUCCAUACUACUUGCCAAGAAAGUUCAAGAUUGCUGUUGCUAUACCACCACACAAUGAUGUUGAUGUUUUCGCCAAUGAUGUUGGUUUUAUUGCUAUCGUUAACGAGAAGACACGUCAACUUGAUGGUUUCAACGUUUCCAUUGGUGGUGGUAUGGGUGUUACACACUCAAAUAAGAAGACUUACCCACGUCUUGGUGAUGUUAUCGGUUUCGUUCCACCAAACAAGGUUAAUGAUGUUGCUGAAAAGAUUAUGUUGGUCCAACGUGAUUAUGGUAACCGCGAAAACCGUAAGAACGCUCGUCUGAAGUACACAAUUGAUAGAUUGUCAUUGACUGGAUUCGUUGACAAGCUCCACGAAUACCUCGGAUACAAACUCGAAGAGACACGCCCAUACAAGUUUGACUCUAACAUUGACAAAUAUGGAUGGGCUCAAGGUGAAGAUGGCAAGUGGCACUUCACUAUGUUUGUUGAAAAUGGUCGUAUCCAAGAUGAAAUCGAUGGUAUUCAAUACAAGACUGGUUUACGUGAGGUGGCAAAGAUCCACAAGGGUAAAUUCCGUUUGACGGCAAACCAACACUUGAUCAUCUCUGAUGUUGAGGAAUCACAAUUGGAAACCAUCAAGAAUCUUCUUCACAAGUACAAGUUAGAUGUACUCACUUACACAGGAUUGAGAUUAUCAUCAUCAGCUUGUGUUGCAUUACCAACUUGUGGAUUAGCAAUGGCGGAAUCAGAACGUUACUUACCAAUGUUAGUUGGAAAGGUUGAAAAGAUCAUGGAAAAGAACGGAUUAAGAAAUGACAUGAUCGUUAUGAGAAUGUCUGGAUGUCCAAAUGGAUGCUCUAGACCAUGGAUGGGUGAAAUUGCAUUCGUUGGUAGGGCACCAGGUACAUACUUGAUGUUAUUGGGUGGUGCAUCAGAUGGUACUAGAUUAGCAAAACCAUUCAAGGAGUCAGUCACAGAGCCGGAGAUUUUGGAUAUACUCAACCCAUUGAUCAAGAACUACGCAUUGGAGAGAUUAGAAAAUGAAUCAUUCGGUGACUUUGUUAUUAGACAAGGUGUUAUCAAAGCUACGACCCAUGGUACAAACUUCUACGAUAACUCAUGCCUUUAAAUAAAUUGAGAACGCUAUAUGGUAUUUCUUACGGGGUUUUAUUAUUUUUCCACUAUUGUUUGCAUAAAUAAUCUAUAGAUACAUACAAUUUCAUAAGUACAUUAAGAGUCUAUUUUUAUAGCUUGUCCGUCGUUGUUCAAACUCCGUUGUGUCUUAUCAACGCCUAAACCGACAGCAGCGUCAGCCUCUGCUUGAGUGUAAGCAGGUUCUUUGAGAUCUUUUAGACGUCUCCUGUGUACUUUAGUCUUUGUAUGUCCCUUGAGUGCAACGUCUGAUUCAAAAUACCUUGCACAUUCAAUACAGUAGUGUUGACCUAAUCCAGGCAGAGUUUCAUCUAAAGGUUGAUUCUCAAGUUUUGCCUUGUUCUCAGGUAAUAGAUCUUCCAAUUGAACCUGAUCAAGAUCCUUUGUACGAGCUCUAGUACGUGAUGCUCUAUGUAUAUCUCUCUUUGAUGCACCUGUUCUACUCCUCCUUGAUGGACCAGGCAUUUCUACGAGCGUUUAAGUUAAAAGUUUAUUUCUACUACGACCG